AUGCUCGCGUUACUCUUGUUCCUCGUCUCCGCCGUCGUUCCGGUCAUGGGAGUUGGUGGCGGGACGGCUUCGAAGCCGCAGAUGGGUUGGAACUCAUGGAACACCUUCAAGGCAAACAUAAACCAAUCCAUCAUCGAAACCACAGCCAAAGCCCUUGUGGAUACGGGCCUCGCGAAAGCAGGCUACACCUACCUCGUCAUGGACGAGGGCUGGCAAGCCAACGAGCGCGGCCCAGACGGCCGCCAACAGUUCAACGCCACGCGCUUCCCCUCCGGCGGCCCGGCCCUCGUCCAACACAUCCACGAUAUGGGCCUCAAGGUCGGGGUCUACAGCGAUUCCGGCAUCUACACCUGCGGCUUCGCCCCGGGCAGCUACGGCCACGAAGACCUCGACGCCGCGACCUACGCCGCCUGGGGCGUCGACUACCUCAAGUACGACAACUGCGGCGGCUUCCACGCCGGCACGCACACCCAGCAGGAGCGCUUCGGCGCCAUGUCCGCCGCCCUCCGCGCCGCCGGCCGCGACGUCUUCUACUCGCUCUGCCAGUGGGGCCACCAGUUCCCCUGGUACUGGGCCGACCUCGUCGGCGCGGGCUCGUACCGCGUGGCGGGCGACAUCCACGCCUCCUUUGCCGAGGACAAGCCGGGCGUGUGCGGGACGGCGUACUGUCUGAACACGGGGUACGCGGGCGUCAGCGUGCUGACGAUGAUACGCAAGAUGCGGGAGAUCUCGCCGUUCCAGGACGCAAGACGAAAGUCGUGGGCGGAUAUGGACAUGCUCGAGGUCGGGGUCGGGGACAUGAGCGUGGCGGAGGAGGAGACGCACUUUUCGUUCUGGGCGGCGUUGAAGUCGCCGCUUGUUAUAGGGGCAGAUGUGACGAGGAUCCGGGAGUCGUCGCUGCGGAUCCUGCUCAACGAGGAGAUCAUUGCGGUUUCGCAGGACGCGAGGGGCGAGGCUGUGAGGUAUCUGCCGGAAUUGUCGACCGAGGGGCGGGUGCAGAUUUGGGCUGGUCCGGUCGAGGUCGGGAAGUAUCGGCACGUUGUUCUGGCGUUGAAUUACGGGAACGGAACGACUGAUAUUGAAGUGCCGUUGGAUGGCAUCCGACUAGAAGACGAGUGCCCUGGUGGGUUCAAGGUGAGGGAUGUCUGGGCUGCGGAGAAUCUGGGGACUGUUGAAGAAAACAUCUCCUUGAGUGGUGUGGAAAUUGGGCAGACAAAGGUGCUUUUGUUGUCUUGCUAA